AUGGCGUCAGCCCAGAUCACCGCCGCGUAUGCUGCCUCGAGUGCGGACCGAACAAUUAGUGGGACGUCCCUGGACUUCUCUAUCUUCUUCAAGGCAACAUACCCUGAUGACAACAUCCAGAACACCGCAGGCGGGACACGAAAACGCAAGUCUAGGGGCAUGGUGAUGUAUCAAUGUCUCCACUGCCCUGACGAUACGCCAUGGUCGAACCGGAAGCGGGACAACGCAUGCCAUCAUGCUCGGCGGUGCCAUUCCGAUAUUAUGUCUCCUCUUAACCACGUGCUCGUCGAUGGCAGCUCUGAGGUUUUAGACGAUGAGAGGGAAGUCAAACGUCCUCGGAUCGACGCUUUCUUUCCCUCGCGACCCUCCGAUGCCUCUCUCCGCCGUGUGUUCGACCGCGAUCGGUAUUUCGAUGCAAUAACCAGCCUAAUUACGCGCAGCCGGGUUGCCUUCUCGGCAAUUACUUGGGAUGAGAUGCAAGAGAUGAUGCUGGCGGCUAAUCCUGCUCUCAUGGUGGCUCUUGAAACUUCCACGUCAAAGAUUCAUAUCUCCUCUGAUAUCUGGACAUCACCCCAUCGCCAUGGAAUACUCGCUAUCUCGGCGCGAUGGGUUGACAAAGAGUAUCAGCCACGAAGGGCAUUGCUAGCUAUGCCAGAAUGUCGCUAUAGCCACGGUGGCGAAACCCAGGCCUCUCUAAUCAUCGAUACGCUGGAAAGGUACGGCAUUGCGUCUAAAGUAGGGUACCACGUCGGGGAUAACGCUACUUCGAAUGAUGCGUGCAUGUCUUACCUGUCCCGGCGACUACAAGAAGAUCACGGGCUGUCGUUUGAUCCCACGAAGCGCCGCAUCCGCUGUAUCGCCCAUAUUAUUAACCUAUCCCUCCAGGCGUUCCUUCUCGCCUCUUCAAAGGAGGCGCUCAUCGCCGCUCUUCAUGCCACCGACGAUAGCUCGAGCGACCAGUUAUUUACUCAGUUCUACGAUACCCUGCACGACGCCGGGGGGACGAUAAGAACAGAGGAGGCUGAUCAGAGAAGAAGAUCCUCGAGGAGGGGCAAUCGGAUACUUGAAAACUUCAUUGGAUGGCAGCAUAUCGCGCCGUUGUGGAAAGUGCACAACAUUGCGGUGUGGAUACGCAAAUCCACGCUCCAUUCGGCUGUAUGGGAUGAUGAGAUAAAGCUUCGAUUAGGCAUAGAUAAUGCAACACGUUGGAAUUCAUGGUAUCGAUUGUUGGAUAAUCUUUUGCGAUAUCAAACCCGUCCGUUUGCCUCGGCCACGCUGCUUGCCGAAGGAGCACGAUCUACACUCUCUCAAUCCCUCUCGAUUAUGGAUGUGUUAUUACGACAGUAUGAGAAGUAUAAGGAGCUUUAUAGUUCUGAAGAAUCCCGAGAUCCCCACAUGGUGCACUGCAUCGAUAUGGGCUGGUUUGUACUCAACAAAUACUAUGCCUUAUCAGACCAGACACCGGCUUAUGCCGCCGCACUCCUUCUCGAUCCCUCAAAGAGACGAAAAUACAUUGAACGGAAUUGGCAGGAGUCUUGGCAAGCGCCUGCCAUUGCUGCUGCGCAGAAAAUCUGGCUGGACGAAUACAAGACUGCGGCAGUCCCAGAAUCCUUGCGGGUGCCUCCAGAUGUGCCUUCUUCUGCUGGGAGGCAGCGCAACGAGCUGGAUGAGCUGUUGAGCGAUAUUGCGGUCACUGGCCCUAUACUAGAUGAUGCUGAUGACUUUGAAGCAUUUGUUAAUUCGCGUCCAACCCGGAUUACUGGGUCUCCUCUUGAGUGCUGGCUACAUCGAGAUCAAAGGAAAGCGUAUCCGCGACUGUCUCGUAUGGCAAUUGAUAUCCUCUCCAUUCCUCCUGAAUCAUCUGAUGUAGAGUCGCACUUCUCGUCUGCGCGCCGUACGCUAUCAUGGGAUAGAGAGAGCAUGACCUGCGAGAACCUGGCGAAGGUGGAGUGCGUGGGCAACUGGAUACGCGAGGGCGUCAUUGUUCCCAAGUCGCACGGGGGCAGGGGCGUUAUUUCGAGCGUUGCUUGUGAAUUUGGCAUUGACACAGACACUGAGGACUUUUUAGAUUAG